CAUGCAAACCACAUUUUCAAUGCUGUGCACAAUUCGAUGCGCCAAUUUGGCUCAUCUUUGAACCACAAUGGCAUGUCUUUGUUCAUCGCUACAGUUCCUGGAGACACAGAGUUAUACCACGGAACAUCGACCAAAGACCGUGUCAAUGGCACACAGUGGCUAGCUUUCGAGCCUGAGCAUGCUCUGAUCUUUGCUCGAGGUCGCCGGGGGCCUCCACCAGGACCACCUCCUGGUGAAGGCCAAUAUACCGAAGAUGCUGGAAAGGAGCACGAGCUUCCCGGUCAUCGGCCUAAGCGUCCUGGAGGCAAGGACCGGCCGCGCAAGGAACAUGGUGACGAAGGUUGUCACAGACCAUCUCGCAAUGAACCUGAGGAUCAGUCUUCUGGUUAUCUGCACACCUACCGUACGAAGCACAGUCUGCGUCUGCUUUACGUUGACGGUCAAUCUGCUGCAAAGUCGAAGAAAGGCACUCUCGAUACUCAGGAUGUCUUACUCUUGGCAAACAGCAUAGACCACGAUUCGGGCAUGUUUGGCGAAAGAGAGCGUGCAGCUCAGUUGUGCAAACUAGCCAACGAAAGAUGGGGCAAUCGUAUCGACGGCAUCCUACGCAUGGAAGGUGGAUUUGAGAUCAUCUUAUGCGACUUUGCUGCCCAUUUGGAAAUUGUUAGCAUAGCCAAGACCAAGACCAAGUCUGGCGGUGGCUUUGGUGGUGGUGGUGAUAAUGGCGAUGGUUUCAACUACUAUCGUGCCGUUGCUGCUCGCUAUCAUGAUAUCGGCGGUGGUCGUGUGGUUCUUGACUACGAGCAUUUUGUCUCUACCUUUGCAUACCCAGAAGCCAUCUACUUCGACGAUACCGGUCGUCCACGUAUCAACAACGAAUCUAGCAUCAUCGAUGAUGUUCGCUUGGCUGUUGACCAAAUGAUCCUGCACAAGGCAGAAGACACCGAUGCUGUGAACUGGCGAGCCAUCGCUGACAUGGUCAUUGCACGCUACGCCGACCGUAUCGAAUAUCUCGCGUCAGGCUCUCUCAGCACACUCUCAGCAUUACAAGCAGAAAUUGAGCGUGCGCUACGCCCAUUCAUCAAUUACAGCGCUCGCAACUCAACUUCAGAGAUUGAACGCUGCGCCUCACAGUUCCUCCCCGACUCCACAACAUCAACACAUGUGGCAGCUCAAGCAGUACGCCAAGUAACACACGCCUUGUGCACUAGCUUGACAAUUGCAUCCGAGCAGACAGAUUACGCCAUCGCUUUGAAGCAGGUCAAGCAGUUGAAGAAUUACCUCGCUUGGACAACAUGGAAGCAAUGUCGUGGUUGUGCAGCGGAUGAGAUCUGUUUCUUGCCCAUCUGGCCUGUGGGUACGGCAGAGGACUUUGAACAGCCAAAGUGCAGGUCUGACGUUAGUCUUGCACCUGGUCACGGUGAUGGAGAUCGCUAUUGGAAC